AUGACGCUCAAAGACCUGUUGAAGAAGAAGGACAAAAUCAGGGAUGAUGGUGCAAGCCCUGCAUCCCCGACAGGGGCUACCCUUUCUCCCAAUGUCCCGGAGUUCCAGUUCGUUCGCACCACAACGUCGACGCAAGAAACGAUCGAGCCCCCCAGCUUUCCCGGUGACCCCCAGCGCGAUUCCCCUCUCUUGUCACCUGAGCCGCGAGGCAAAUUUCCCAGAUUCAGAAGUCGUAGCAAUGCCUCGUCACAGGGCGGGGAGCGGCAUCGGUUCCAGCUCGGGCGAAGCAAGUCGAACGCAUCGGCAAACGUACCGGACAAUCUUCCAGAAGUGGGCGGAGAUGGAGUAGCACGAACGGAGGAAGAGGAGGCCAAGUGGGAAAGGAGGGCUACGGUGCUGGUUACAUCAGGGCUGCAACACGGCUCCCAGCCCCCUACACCAAGCCAUGUGCCCAUGAGUCCAAUGUCACAAGGUCGACCGACGACCCCAAGGCGUCGCAGUGCAACUAUUGGCGCUCCAGGGGAUGAGGAGACCAUACAGGAGGCUAUUCGACAACACGAGCAUGGAGAUCUUGAAGCAUCAACGUCUCUGUUUGGAAAACUUGCUGAUCCCAAUGGUGCAAACAAUGCUCUAGCUCAAGUUCUCUACGGCCUCGCCCUGCGCCAUGGUUGGGGUUGUGAAUCCAACCAGGAGCAAGCCGUUCAAUACUUGUCCAUGGCAGCAUCGAACAGUGCUGAAGUUGAAAAAUUAGCACUUGGGGCUGGCAUGAAAAAAGGAGGUGCAGCCAAAGGCGAACUUGUGCUGGCCAUGUAUGAGUUGGCCAACUGCUUUCGCAAUGGCUGGGGUAUCAAGAAAGACCCUACAGCGGCGAAGCAAUAUUACGAAACGGCUGCCAACCUGGGUGACACGGAUGCGAUGAAUGAGGUAGCCUGGUGCUACAUCGAGGGCUUUGGUACGAAGAAAGACAAGUUCAAAGCGGCUCAAUUCCUGCGCCUCGCAGAAUCCAAGGGUAACAAAACAUUAGGCAACACAUGGUAA